ACGCAAGGCCCGGUGUUUACCUCCCGCAGGGGCCGCCUCCCUCCCUAUAAAGCCUGACGUCGCGCGGAGAGUGGAGAGUGGAGAUUGGGGCUGAAGGGAGAGAGAGGAACCCCAGGAAAGGGGCAGAGAGCGUCAGAAAGUUAAUGCGGGAGACGGGGAGGAGGGCAUCGACUCAGCAGGCAGCGGGGCCGGCCGGCCAUCUGCGCGCGCGAAGGCGGUCGCGGCGGUCGCGGCAGGGACGGCGCUCGGACACCGGCUUCCCAUGGAGGCGCCCGCGCUGGGCCCCGGGCUGGUGGAGCGUCUGGAGCAGCUGGCGACGUGCCCGCUGUGCGGGGGCCCCUUCGAGGACCCGGUGCUCCUGGCGUGUGAGCACAGCUUCUGCCGCGCGUGCCUGGCCCGCCGCUGGGGGACCCCGCCGGCGAGCGGCCCCGAGGCGUCGCCCCCCGCCUGCCCCCGCUGCGGCCUGCCGUGCCCCCGCCGCAGCCUGAGGUCCAACGUGCGGCUGGCGGUGGAGGUGCGCAUCAGCCGCGGGCUGCGCGAGAAGCUGGCGGCGCCCGGGGCGCGCGCGGGGAGACGCCGCGGCGGCCGCAUCCCCACCAUGGGCAGCCUGGACCCGCUGGGAGAGGAUAUGAGGAAGACAUGGAGAAGAUCUGACGCCCCAACACCCAAGUCAUCUACCUCAGAGGACGAUCUCCCUGAAGAUUACCCAGUGGUCAAAAACAUGCUUCACAGACUGACGGCCGACCUGACCCUGGACCCAAGCACUGCACACCGCCGCCUGCUCAUCUCCUCUGAUCGGCGCAGCGUUCAACUGGCCCCACCAGGGACACCGGAGCCUCCUGACAGCCCAGCGCGCUUCGAUCAGCUCCCAGCAGUGCUGGGCGCGCAGGGCUUCGGUGCUGGCCGCCACUGCUGGGAGGUGGAGACCGUGGGCACCGCCUCUUGCAGAGACCCUGGUGGGGAGGACGAGGACAUGGAAAGUCACUAUGCUUUGGGUGCAGCUGGGGAAUCGGUGCAACGCAAGGGACGUGUAGGGCUGUGCCCCGCGGGCUCUGUGUGGGCUGUUGAGGGCCGAGGCGGCCGCCUGUGGGCACUCACGGCACCGGAGCCCACCCCGCUGGGUGGCGCCCGGCCCUCACCACUGCGGAUUCGUGUGGACUUGGACUGGGAACGGGGUCGCGUGGCCUUCUACGAUGGCCGCUCGCUCGACCUACUGUUCGCCUUCCAGGCUCCCGGGCCCUUGGGACAGCGUGUCUUCCCACUGCUCUGCACACGAGACCCUCGCGCCCCUCUGCGCAUUGUGCCUGCCGAAGGAUGAGAACCUCACCCAUAACCUCAUUCUAGCUUGGCCUGCUUUAGCUCUGCCCGCAGCUAGCCUUGUUCUUGGCUCGGAAAUCCCUACUCAGCCAGGGGUCAUGUCCACAUAUCCCAG